CGCGCCACAGGAGGAAAAGGACGUCGUAGCGCAUGCGCCACAUUUAUGUUGUUGUUUGUGGCGGUAAGAUGGCGGCGCUCGGAGACACCUCAGCUCCGGGGGUGAACGGGUUAAUACAACAAUUCACAGCAAUAACAGGGGCCACGGAGAGUGUAGGGAAACAUAUGUUGGAAGCAUGCAACAACAACCUAGAGAUGGCAGUGACCAUGUUUCUGGACGGAGGCGGGAUUGCAGAGGAGCCCAGCACCAGCUCCAGUUCAGCAGCUUCAAGCAGCAGAGCUCCCCCUUCAGAUGAAGUACGAGCACCCAUUCCCCAGAAGCAGGACAUACUGGUGGAACCAGAACCAUUGUUUGGAGUGCCAAAGCGAAGAAGACCUGCUCGAUCUAUAUUUGAUGGUUUCCGAGACUUCCAAACAGAAACAAUUCGCCAGGAACAGGAGCUGCGUAACGGUGCCACGGUGGAUAAGAAACUGAGCACUCUGGCAGACCUUUUCCGUCCCCCCAUUGAGCUCAUGCACAAAGGCAGCUUUGAGACGGCAAAAGACUGUGGACAACUGGAGAACAAGUGGCUAAUGAUCAACAUUCAAAAUGUUCAGGACUUUGCCUGCCAGUGCCUCAACAGGGAUGUUUGGAGUAACGACGCAGUGAAGACCAUCAUCAGAGAACACUUUAUAUUCUGGCAGGUUUAUCAUGAUAGUGAAGAGGGACAGAGAUACAUCCAGUUCUAUAAGCUGAACAAGUUUCCCUAUAUUUCCAUCCUCGAUCCCCGCACUGGUCAAAAGAUGGUUGAGUGGAACCAGCUGGAUGUGGCAUCGUUCCUAGAGCAGGCAACUGGCUUCCUGGCAGAGCACGGGCAGCUCGAUGGGCCAUCCUGCCACGCACCCCCUGCCAAACGAGCUCGCUCUGAGAGUCUGAUUGAUGCCAGUGAAGACAGUCAGCUGGAGGCAGCCAUCCGAGCCUCCCUACAGGAGACCCACUACGAGUCCUCAAAUGUCCCUGAAGUCCCAGAUUCCCCCCGAUCAGACGACGAAUCAGAUGCAGAGCCUUUCUCUGACAGCGAGGGUCCCAUCUCUGUUGAUGGCUCAGACAGUGAAAUGCCAGCACCCCACGAAGAGAAAAGUUCUACCAGCAAACACACCCCACUCCCUCCGGCCAGUGCAGCCCAGCAGCGUCUACAUCCCGAUAGUUCCACUUCUUCUCACAGAAAGUCUCCGUACAAAGAAAACAACCACAGUCACAAGAAAGAGGAGAGCAAAAAGAACCACCUGGAGCCCUCAGCUGCUGGUCCUCGUCAUUCUCAGCCUGACGCAGAUUCUGGAGGGAACCACUGUAUCCCAGAGGCCGAAAAUGCUGGACCUUCCAAGACCAGCACCACCAAAACUAGCGACAUUGACUGUCCUGAUGACAAUGGUCCCAAAGCCAGGUUGAUGCUCCGUUACCCAGAUGGACAAAGAGAGCAAAUUUCCUUGUCUUCUAAAGCAAAACUUUUGGCCCUCGUAAGACACGUCCAGUCCAAGGGUUACCCUAAUGAACGCUUCGAACUCGUCACCAACUUUCCCAGAAGGAAGCUCGCCCACUUGGACUAUGACAUCACACUGCAGGAGGCGGGGCUUUGUCCACAGGAGACUGUAUUUGUGCAGGAGAGGAACUAGCCUUGUCAGACACACUCACUUUUGCUUGUCUGUAUCUCUCUGAUAGACCUCACCCUUUCACCAGUGAUCUGGGAUGAUGUUACUGGCCUUGAUCACAUAACCUUCUGUUCUCCUGGAAUUAGGCCCCAUUUUUGCCAAGACAACUCUUAGUGGAUGGACUACUUUCCCGCCACUCCACUAGUCUGAAUACUGACGUCUCUACUGACAGCCUAAUCCCAUUUUAGUGCUCUACAAUUGGCCGGUAAAGUCUUAGGGAUGCCAGCACUCUUAAAUUUUUUAUGUGAUUUAUUCUUUUCUGAUGCAGGCUUCAUUUUGUUCUGAACACUGAGGCACAUCAGGAUAGUAUAUAUACGAUAUAGCUCAUAUUCAAAUAAAAAAACAAAACCCAAAUAAUGGAUCGCUAUUUGAUGAUGAAGCACCAGUACAAAGUACAAAAAAGACUUUUACCUCCCAGAAAGGACGUUAAAUGUCAGAGUUUAUUUUCUAGCUCUUCUUGUUAUUUUCUGAACCUGGAGACAGGUAAAGGGAGCCUCAUUCUUGUUGAUUUUGACCCAAAUUUGGUCUCUCACAUGGUCAUUGUAUGAACAAUUUUAAUUAUUUGGAUGGCAGGGGCGCUAAGAGAAAAGAUCCAAAAAUUACAAGUCAAGAAAAUGUGUCGGACAUCUGUGGCACUCUUGUGUAGAUCUAAGAGGAUUUGGGUUGAUGUGCACAUUUUUACUCAAGUUUCUAUUGGCAUAUUAGAGACUAGUAGAUUUGUUUUUGGAUUUCAACUUUUGAUACAGAAGGAAAUGAAUGAAGGGUGGUACAUCUCAUCAGUCGGACCUACACUGUACAGAGAUGGCUUAGAGAGACUGGUAUUUAGCUGUAGUCAUUGUUUCCUUUCUUUUUUAUAUGCUGCCAAGAAAAUAUGCUGAUGUUGAAAUAUAACCACCAAAACCAA